AUGCUUGAUGCGGUUGAUAAUCCCGACGCUGGUCGAGCAACUGGAGAAAUAAUACUGGCCCAUUUGGUUGACGGUGCCAUGGACCGGCAGCUUCUCUUAGAUGGUGAGCUUUCCAGUACCGUAGAUAGAGCCAGGCGGCUGGUGGAACUGCUAGAGCUUCUCUGGAAAGAACCGGAUGCCGCUGAGUUCAUAGGUAAGUGA